UUUGUUCCCUCCGGACGUUUAUAAGUACUGCACUCACACUGUAGUGGAGUGAAGAGAAAUGUAAACACCGAAAUCUUACCAGAUGAUUUUCAUGUUUGGUGCUGCUCAUCUAGAGAUCAGCAAUACCGUAUCAUAGUUUUAACAUGAGUGGCUGGAGUCCUAUUGCAACGGAAUACGAUCCCUUAAAAGCUGGAAGUAUCGAUGGGACCGAUGAUGAGCCUCAUGAUCGUGCCAUUUUUAGGGCUAUGGUUGCCCGCUAUAAGCCCAACAAAGGUGUUCUGGGGGAUCCACGGCUUACUCUUUUCGUGGCUCGUUUGAACCCUGUCACCACCGAGGAUAAAUUGCACCAAGUUUUCUCAAAGUUUGGAGACAUUCACCGGCUGAGACUUGUGCGAGAUAUUGUGACGGGUUUCUCCAAAAAGUACGCCUUCAUUGAGUACAAGGAACAGCGCGCCGUGUAUCGAGCCUGGCGAGAGGCGGACAAACUUGUGGUGGAUCAACAUGAACUUUUUGUCGACAUGGAACAAGAAAGAACUCUAAAGGGAUGGGUCCCGCGGCGGCUCGGAGGUGGACUAGGGGGUAACAAAGGGUCCGGGCAGCUGCGAUUUGGCGGCCGAGACAGACCUUUCCAAAGACCAAUCAAUCUCUUGAGGGAUCCUGGUAGUGGGGGCCCUGCGUCAGAUCGAAACGUUGACGGACGAAGAAAUUGGGACAGAUCGGGGACAAGAGAGAGAUAUGACCGAGAAAAGCAUCGGGACUAUGGAAGUAGGGACAGAGAGGAUAGAAAUAGAGACGACCGCUGGCAUCGAGCCAGGAGCAGGCACAGAGAAAGGAGAUGAUAUUUUUUUCUAUCGUUCUUUUUUUUUUUUUUUUUUUUUUUUUUUUUUUAACACAGUUACUUUUUCACUUGGAGAACAUUUCUUUUUAAGACAAAAUUUUGUUUCACUCUGAAUAGAUUGUCAGUCAGACAGAUGAUGUUAUUACUGGUGACCUCAACCACAGUAAGAGUAGAUAUUGCAUUUAAGAAACUAUUAACAUAUCUUAACAUAAUCCUAAAUGAUAGAAUAAAGAUAUAAUAGAGUCAGCCAACAACUAUAUUACCGACAGUGGGACCAAUUGCACAACUAAAAUUAUAAAGUUAAAAAUAGAGUAUUAUGUAUUUCAUAGACAAUUACUGGUGGUUUUGUAAGUCAGCCGCAGUCUUUCAUCCCUUGCUGUCUACAAUAAAAAGGUUCAAGUUUCA